UGCUUAUGUAGAAAUUUCUCAUCGGUUACACUGGGGAAUCAAGUGGAUGAUGUCAUCCAGAUAUUCUCACCAUGUCGCUGCCAUCUAUUAUUUUGAACGAGCUUGCAAAAAUCGAACCCUCAGCAGAAUUCGCCGGAAGAUUAGGUGGAAGAGUCCAGUCAUCCAGCGGAAAGGUAUACUUCGUGAAGUUGGGCACUUCUGAUGAAGCAGAGCAAUAUAUCGGAGAGGCAGAUUCCUUGAGGGCGAUCAACACAGGUGCACCAGGGUUAGCCCCCAGAGUAUUUGCAACCGGAACCUUCGAGAACGGAAGGCCUUUCUUUAUUUCGGAGUACAAGGACAUAUGCAAUCUCACAGAAAAGAGUGCUGUAAUCCUCGCCAAAAGGCUUGCCACAGAAAUGCACAGUUAUCAAAGUCAAUAUGGUUUUGGAUUUGAAGUGCCGACUUAUUGUGGAGCGACCAGAAUGAAGAAUGGAUGGUAUGAUAGCUGGGAAAAAUGUUACAGUGAAAUGAUAGGCGAUUUAUUGGAAAAGUUGAAGAAGAGAGGUCGGUAUGAAAAAUUGUGUGCGAAGGGCGAGUCUAUCACAAAAGAUGUAAUACCUAAGCUUUUGGGGCCGCUUCAGAUCGAGCCAGUCAUCCUUCAUGGUGACCUUUGGAGCGGAAAUGUCGGAGUUGACAGUGCAACACGAGAACCGGUCAUUUUUGACCCGUCGUCAUUCUUUGGGCACAAUGAAGCGGAUUUGGCCAUAGCCAGAAUAUUUGGGGGAUUCCCAGCGUCCUUCUUCGCUGAGUAUCACAAACACUUACCCAAAACAAAACCGGAAUCCCAAUACGAGUUGCGUGGCCAUUUGUACGAGUUGUUCCAUUAUUUGAACCAUACGGUCAUCUUCGAGGGUGGAGGAUAUGAAUUCAAUGCGUUGCGGAAGAUGGAUAUUUUGAUAGAUGCAGUCUAGAGACAGACGAAGAUUAGAGCUCGAAGGACUAGAUAAACUUGUACUGAUUUUCCGAUGUUGAUAAAUUCAGGUAACUUCAUCGUUGAAACGUAAAC